UUGUAAUUAGUGGCUUCGUCUUGUCAUCUAUGUUGUCAUUUGAGUUUUCUCUCUAUUUAACUUCUUUAGCUACUAAUAUGGUUUCUACUCGAAAAACUCACUAUCUAUUAAUUUUUUCCACUUCUCCAAUGAUGUCUCCCUCUUCUUCGGGUCUUCCUCCUUUCUGCCCUAAGCAAUUCAAGAUGAUUCCUAGUAGGUGUCCUCUAAAGCGUCUACAUCGCUUGAGAGAUAUCCACGAUGGUUCUUCGUCUAGUGUUCAGGCUACUUCUCUUGAAUAUUCUGAGUCCUUUUAUGAUGAGUUUGUUGACUCUACUGGCCGUUCGCGUCGUUCUGCUAUUGUUCCAUCUCUGACUAUUCUUGGUAAUGUGCCUUUGCCUUCUAAUAUUUCUUCUAUUGAGGUUCCACCUACGGGUGAUAAUGUGAUGAUUUUUCAUUUGAUGAUCUUGCUAACAUUCCUAUGCCUGAAGUUCCCUAUUCCAUUGCCUCUUUUAUUGAUCCUCCAUGUGUUUCUACAACUAUUCUGAAUACAAUGUUGCCACUUGUUUCGAGACCUUCACUUGAUUCUCCAUUCCUUUACUGUUCUCCACCUCCUGCUGCAUGUACUGGUCUUGCUUCCAUUUCUAAUAAGUCUGAGGUUGGUUGGGGUACUACUUUUUUUGUUCCUGCUACUUCCGUUCCAAGAGUCCCUCACUAUUCUCCUGCUAAGGGACAAAAGCUGGUCUUUACCAAAGCUUGGAGAUGCCAGCUAGUUCCCCAAAUGUGCCCGCUGUCUCUAUCGAUGAUAUUUUUUUUUCCAUUCAGAGGACUAUAUGCAUAAGUAGAAAUACGUUGUUCAACAACAUAUUGCGGAUGAAUUGGUUAUAUCAGAUCACCAUUGUUCUUGGACUCUUAUUCUUGAUUUAAUUACUAAUGUUGGUUUGCUUCCUACCAUUACUGAGGUUGGUCCUUUCUAUCCUUGGUUAAUAUGGGAAUUUAUUGUCAAUUUUUCUGUUGACUUAAUGACACUAGGGUUCCAAAUUUUUAAAAAAUUCAUGUUUGUGGAGUUUGCCUCAACAUCUCUUCGACGCUUCUCAAUUCCUUUUUCAAAGUGGCUCUACCUAAUGAUUUUUUUUAUGGUUCUUCCUUCUAUUGAGCGGUUACCUUUAGACCUAUUUAGGGGCACUGUCCAUUCCUAGCCUACUGAUGGGAAACUGCACUCCAUCAAUUUGAGUAUUAAAUAUGGCAGUUUGCACAAAAUCGAUAUUGCAAAUUGGUAUCCUUCUUCUCAUGUCUCCACUAUCUCUAUCACUAUAGUAAAUUUAAUACUUUUAAUUGGCAUUAGUUCCAAGGUUGAUGUUGGUGAUUUUGUGUUUCAACAUGCAUUGUAACAUGUUGAUACGUGUGGUAUGAUCAUUCCUAUUUGUUUCUCUCGACUUUUGUGUAGUUUUUUUUGUUGUCAUAGCAUUCAUCCAUCCUCACUGAAGUUGAUGUUGUCGGUCUUGCUCCCAAAUUGUUUUCUCUUACCUCAUCUUUCAGGGGCCCAUGUACCUGAUCUUUCUGCAAGUUUUUGGCUCUUAAAUCUGGCCCUUAGUCUUUUGCUUCUAAUGUUAGUAUUUCGUCGGAUGGGUUACUAUUAUCUUUUGAAUUGGUAACUGAUUUGGUUCAGCUGUUGUCUAAUGAAUUGGUCCCUGAGUUUUUCGAUUGAAGAUUUGCAAGGGGUGGUCUCUGGUCUAAUUACUCGUCGGGCUGCAAUUGAUUAUGUGAUGCAUGCUUUACAUUCAUCGAUUAAUGAUGCUCAAGAGCAACCUUUUGAUUCUUCUGGACCUAUUCGUAGCUUAUUUGUCAACCUGCAAGAGGAAGUUAUAGUUGGGUAGUUGGGUUUGAUUUUGUAUUCUUCUAUUUUUUGGUUAUUUUUGGCUAGUGUGAUUUAUGUACCCCUGAACUUUCUUGAAAUAUGACAUGGUUAUUUUGUUCC